AUGGGCGCGGAUCCUGCUGUAGAGGCCAUUGUCGGCCGUGGCCACACGAGUGCCAUGAGCUAUGCUACCAUCGCCCUCGCCGGUCUUGGUGGCUUCAUCUACGGAUAUGCCGCCAACAUCCUGACGGGCACCCUGGCACAGCCAACCUUCCUGGCCAAGUUCCUGUCCACCCCGGAUGCCAUUGAGCGCACCAAUGGCAUGGUUGGAGGUUUCUUCGGCGGCGCUCUCAUCGGCGUCAUCGUGCAAGCCCCCAUCGCCAACAGGUUCGGCCGUCGGGCGGCCAACGGCGUGGCCGCGCUCCUCCUCAUCUUCGCCAGCGCCCUGUCGGCGGGCUCGACCAACGUGGCCAUGUUCCUCGCCGGCCGCACCAUCUCGGGCUUCGGCGCCGCCAUGUGCUUCGCCAACACGCCGACGUACACGGCCGAGCUGGCGACGCCGCACAACAGAGGCAUGCUGGUCGGCUCGCAGGGCGUCUGCGUCGUGGGCUCGUACAUCGUCUCGGCCCUGCUGGGCUUCGCCUUUUACUUUGUCGAUGCGGACUACGCCUGGCGGCUCAACUACAUCGUCCUCACCGGCUUCUCCUGCAUCUUCCUGGGCUCGCUCUUCCUGCUGCCCGAGUCGCCGCGCUGGCUCAUCGAGCACGGGCGCGAGGACGAGGCGCGCGGCAUCCUCGAGCGCCUGCACCGCAACCCCGCCGCGCCCGACGACGACUCGCUGGCCAAGGCCGAGUUCGUGCAGAUCCGCGCGCAGAUCGCGGCGGAGCGCAGCCUGCCCAGCAGCUACUGGUACAUCCUGACCACGCCGAGCAUGCUCAAGCGCGCCGUGUGCACCCUGCUCGUGUGGACCAUGGGCCAGAGCACCGGCAUCACCGUCAUCGCCAACCUGAUUGCCACCCUCAUGGGCAACCUCGGCUUCGGCACCGUCAUGCAGCUCGGGCUCGGGGUGGCGUGGGACGCGUGCGUGCUGGUGGGGUGCUUCGUCAACGUGCUGCUGAUGGACCGGCUGGGGCGGGUGAAGCUGCUGGUGGUGGGCGGCUUCGGGUGCGUGGCGCUGCUCGUCAUCGAAGGGGUGCUGCAAAAGUACUACCUGGCGACGACCAACGCGCCGGGCCUGAGCGCCGCCGUCGCCAUGUACUUCAUCUUCGGCGUGUGGUUCACCAGCACCAUCGAGUGCACCGGCUACGUCUACGGCGCCGAGAUCUGGCCCACCCACCUGCGCUCAAAGGGCGCCACCCUCAACUACAUUGGCUUCUUCGGCCCCGCCCUCGCCUACACCUAUCCCGCCACCACCGCCUUCGCCACCAUCGGCUGGGAGUACUACAUGGUCUUUGUCGCCAUCACCGUGCCCUGCUGCAUUGCCAUUUACUUCAUGCUGCCUGAGACCACUGGCCUCACGCUCGAGGAAAUCGGCCCGCUCUUCGGCGACGACGUGCAGGUCAAGUUCGAGGAUGCGCUGCACGCCGAUCUGGGCGAAUCCUCGCGCACGCAGUCUGUCGAGAUGACUGGAGACGAGAAGGGCGCGGCCCAGUGA